CGCGGACGAGAAAACGGUGUUCUGAGCGAGAGGCUCCGGUAGCCCCCCCCCUCGUGAAAACAAAAAACCGGAGCCAGAAAAUGCCCUGUCGCCCAGCUGCGGACUGCCUUAACGGGCGCAUGUGAUGCUUUUCAUAUGUUUAUAUAUAUAUAAAAAAAUCCGUCAUCGUUUUCUGGCAGUUCUGACGUUAGUUUGCGUGCUAAUUGGCUAGCCAUCGAUUGAUAGGUGUUGUGCCUGUGAACGCUGGUUUAUAGUGUUUGCUAUCUGACACAGCACACUGAUAUUAAGGCUCCUACCCGCGGCUUUGGUGCCUCGGUGUUUCUUCCUCCAGCAAAGACCGCGAAGAAGCUGGAGCAAAAUAAGAAGAAUGGGUGCGUUCUUAGACAAGCCAAAGAUGGAGAAGCAUAAUACUCAUGGGGAGGGGAACGGCCUGCGCUACGGACUCAGCAGUAUGCAGGGCUGGCGUGUGGAGAUGGAGGAUGCACACACAGCUGUGAUAGGGCUGCCUUACAGCCUCAGCAUGUGGUCUUUCUUUGCCGUCUACGAUGGACACGCAGGCUCUCAGGUUGCUCGUUACUGUUGUGAGCAUCUGCUGGAACACAUCACCAGCAAUCCAGACUUCAGGGGAGGCUGCUCAGGGGGCGGGGACUCAAUUAAUGCUGAGCCCUCCGUGGAGAGUGUGAAAUGUGGAAUCCGCACAGGCUUCCUGCAGAUCGACGAGCAUAUGCGGGCCAUUUCCGAACGCAAACACGGGGCGGACCGCAGUGGUUCCACAGCGGUGGGUGUGAUGAUUUCCCCUCAUCAUUUUUAUUUCAUCAAUUGUGGUGACUCCAGAGCCUUGCUGAGCCGCAAGGGUCGCGUUCACUUCUUCACCCAAGACCACAAGCCCAGUAACCCCCUGGAAAAGGAGAGAAUCCAGAACGCAGGUGGUUCUGUUAUGAUCCAGAGGGUCAACGGCUCCCUCGCCGUCUCCCGGGCUCUUGGUGACUUCGACUAUAAGUGCGUGCAUGGGAAAGGCCCCACUGAGCAGCUGGUGUCCCCGGAGCCAGAAGUGUAUGAGAUCGAACGCGCUGAGGCUGAGGAUGAAUUUGUGGUGCUGGCCUGCGAUGGCAUUUGGGACGUCAUGGCCAACGAAGAACUGUGUGAUUUUGUGCGUUCACGCUUGGAAGUGACAGAGGACCUGGAGAGAGUGUGUAAUGAGAUCGUGGACACAUGUUUGUACAAGGGUAGUCGAGACAACAUGAGUGUGGUGCUGAUAUGUUUUCCAGGUGCCCCAAAAAUCAACCCAGAAGCCGUGAAGCGAGAGGCGGAGUUAGAUAAGUACCUGCAGAACAGAGAGGGUGGAGCAUGUAAAAAGGCAAAUAAAUAAAAUAUAUUACUAAUGACUAAGAGAGAGUUAUAGAAAGUGAGCAUUCUUGCUUAAUUACGUGAGUUUCUUAGAUGGAAGUUUACACUUGCCAAGGAAGUAUACGUUACAGUUAACGUAAAAUUUCCAGUUAACGAAUCCCCAUAUUGGAGAGGAAAGACUCACUGGUACUGUAUUAGCAGAGUUAGGACUAUUCAGGAUCAAAUUUAACCAGAGAGAAAUACCACAUUGGGAAUUUAUUUAAACUUAUAUUGAUAAUAAGAGGCCUUUAAUUAUAUAUUGCCAGUAUUGAAAAGCACUUAUACAAUUUAGAAGUAACCUGUAGCUUUACCAGAGGUUUUAUUGUAGUGCAUCCGAGAAUCCUCCGCUCCAGCGCAUAUUACUUAGCGUAUUAUUAGCUACUAAGUGAUGGUGAGUAAGUGCAAUUGUAGAUUAGGAAAAAGGAAUGAUAAAAACCCAACAUUUGGCUCUGCACUUUUUCAUUAAACGCUGCUAUACUUAAAGGCAUCUUCUAUUAUUAAGAGAGAGACCAAAUUUGAGAUCUCAGUUAGAAUACAAUAUGUUUGUGUGUUCGAACAGAAUUAAUACAAAAUGUAGUUUUGCGUUCUGUUUGUGAUGGUGUGUUCUUCAGAUAGUAGUUGUAUUCAUCCACUUGUACAAGCAUGUGUUUAAGUCUGGCACCCGUUUCAUUUGCAUCUUUCUGAAAAGUCAUUCUAAAUGAGAGUGAAUGUCAGGCCUCCACUGCUGACUACCUGAAAUUGUAGCUGACACUGCUGUACGUGGCCUGAAGGUGCAGUUUUGUGUCUUGAAUAUUUUAAUCUGCAUGAUUCCUGUUCUGUAAUAUGGAACAUUGUUGCCUUAGUUCUAAUUUACAGUGACUACCUUGAUUAGAAUCGAUAGGUUAGCAAUGGUAUCCAACCUCAACUGCUUGGAAGAGUAAAAUUAAAUCCAGUGGACACAUGGUACUGAAAGCAUGCACUGUACCAAUAGCACGAUAAGCUGUGCACACCUCCUGCAUGUACACUACAUUAAGAAAAAAACAGGGAUAGAUCUUAUUUAGAAUUAAGUUGGUCUGACAGAACUUUUAUACUUUGUACAGUAUACAUUUGUAACCCCUGAGGAACAGCUUCCGUGUGAACUGAACACAGUGUUUGAAAGAUUGUGUCAAUGUUUUACAAUCCUCUCCAAGUUGUUUACUACUUGUUGCCUCAAACAGACACUUUGUCAGUCCUCUGGUUUAUGUAAAAGAAAAACUCAUGUAGUUAGGAAAUUUUUGGUGCAUAGAGUGGGAUUCAGCCUGCCUGCACUUUUUGAAAUGUAGAUCCUUGUUGGUACAAUGAUUGAACAUUUAUAGUACAAUGGUACAUUGCUUUUGUGUCUGUAAAACCCAACAGGAUUUGGCUUUUUGUCCUUCUGUACCUAAGAUUUUGGAAGCCUUUCAUUUAAUUUUCUUAUUUUUGAACCCUUUAGACUUUAGAUCUAACAUGGCGUGACUCGACAGGCUUUUAGCGACAAGCAAUUUUGUCUAAUGUUUAAUGGAUAGUUCACCUAAAAAUGAAAAUCUUUUACAAAAAAUCAUUUACGUUCCAAACUCAUAAAAACCCAUUGAAAACUUUGGAUCCCAUUAACUUUAAUAAUGUGGACAAAAACACCUGACAUUUUUAAAGUAUCUUCAUAAGUAGAAGAAAAUUACAACAUCACUUUGUUUGGUUUGGUGCAAAUGAUGACCAUUUUCAUUUUUGGGAGAACUAUACCUUUUAAAUAAGGCAUAAUGCAACCAAUCACAAAACCUGGCCAAUCAGAACAGCUCCCACUGUUUCAGAAAGUGUGAAUCCGUUCUGCCUAGUCCAUGUUUGAUGUUUAAUAUAAAUGAAGUUGAUACACUUGAGCAGUACUAAAAGAGAUUACCCCAUUAUUUACUCACCCUUAUGCCAUCCUACUCUUAAGUGUAUAUGACUUUCUUCUUUCAGACAAAUACAAUCUGAGUUAUAUUUAAAAAAUGUUCAGGCUCUGUCGGUUUAUCGAGUCGCACCUUGUUACAGAAACUUAUUUUUUGCCUGCAUUAUUAAAGCAUGGGGUUCUUUCUAUUUAACAAAAUUUUCCCUUACAACCAAAAGAUCCCACACAUUCUUCACAUGUCUUUGUAUUACCAGGAGAUAUAUUUUAGCUUUAAGAUGUGUUUAACUGAAUGAAAAGUGUGCCUGCUCUAAGAGAGAGCUCUUGAGAUUAAAAUGAUUGUAGGUCAUUCCUGUACUAUAUUAGUUUCAUUUUGCUUGGGUUUGUUGUUGUAUCUCCUCACUGUAUGACAUAGCUUGAUAAUCCACUGUUUAUUAAAUUAGCCUUAAUUAUUUUCUUCCAUAAUAGCACAUCUGAGAUCACUACGCUUUGAUGAGACAUGUCACGUGUUUGUAUACCUACAAAGAGUGACAUGGUUCUUCUGGGAGAGCCUUUAAUUGUGCCUACGAGUGAGUCUAUGGCCAGUUGUAGCAUUCAAAUGAACAUUCUAAGUCUUAUAAGGUGAUUUUGUUUGUUUUGUAACAUUAUUCUAAUCAAGCAUAAUUUUAGUUUGUGCAUUCAGUAACACAUUUGGCCCCUUACAGCAAUGCCAUGCAAGUGAUUUUAAACCAUUCACCUGAGAUUAUUGCUGCACAAAGCACAACCCAAACCCCUAAUGAGUCAAACAUGGGGUGGAAAUAUUGCCUUACUGAAAAAUAAAGCAGGCAUUAAAUGGGCCAUAUAGUAUUGUAGGAGAUUGCCUUGAUUUCUAACAUUGUAGCACCAUCAAUCUGCGAUGUACAGGGAAAGAAAAUGUCAACUUCAAGUCUGUCCUUCUACAAAGUUCAUUGGAUUUCGAGUAAAGCAACCAACUGCAAAUAAAAUAUGUCUUUGUAACACAUUGGAUAACUUAAAAAAAAAAAAAAAAAAAAGUAUCUUCUGGAGUAUUAAUCAAAAGGGCAAACAAAGCCCAUUUACUCUCAUAUACUUGCACUGUGUUGUGCUGUUGGUCCUUGUGUGUCACUUCUGUCUUUACCUCUCAGGUCCAAACUGACAAGCAACAGAGGACACUAUUUAUUUUAAUUAUUUAUUGUCUUUAUAGUAUUUUACCUCUUUUGAAUGAAACUGUCCAUGCAUUCCAUUUUCUUUAGCCAAAUAAGCACUACUAAUGCAAUGAAAGUCUUAUAUUCUUUUCUCCUUGUAUUUAUUGUUAUACAUCUGUGUCAUGAAUAGUCGGUGUAAACACAAAGCUAUGUGAGUUCAAAUGCAUCACGUCUUGGGUUCCUCUACACUAAGUAGUUUCUUCACAUGCUAUUCACGCUUUUCACUAUUCUGUCAGAGUAGAUCGGUCCAAGGUUGACGAUGUGUAAGGGUUGCAAUCUAUGAUCGGUCCUUUCUUAACCCAGCAGACUGUUGUGUCUGUGUUUGUUCAAUUUUACCUCUCAGAAGGUAACAGUUUUAUAAAGCUCAUUUUGAAAGAUUUUUCAACUACAAUUUCAUAGAAAAGUAUUUCAAUAUUAGAGGGUGAGCACCCAGUAUUUUCUUUCUUUAGUUUUUAUUUUUGUACAUUAGCACCCGGGUAUUAGCAAUGUAGACAAACUGUGAUCUUGUCAUUCUUGGCUGUCAAAGAUGAUUCAAAUAAAAUUAUUUACGGAAACGCA